AUGUUGAAACAGCCUAGGUGUUCUGUUUUCUUCAAUCGUAGUCGCUUCUUCAGGUUACCAAUUAUUUUCCUGUUGCUAGCAGUUCUUUUAGCCGUGGCUACCUCUUAUGCCGAGAAUGACAUUUACCCUUUGUCACCCAAUCAACAACACCGGACGACAUCCAACAUCAUCGCCCAUCACUCCUUUACCCCGCCGCUCCUCCAGCAUUAUUAUGGUGAGAGUGAGGUCCCUUACUGGAAGUUUUCGGGAUCGACGGUCAUCACUGAUUCCUAUAUUCGCCUGACUACCCACAAUGCGGGUGAGAUCGGACAUUUUUGGAAUAGGGAACCGGUCGAUAUGGACGCGUUUGAGAUCGUCCUAGGGUUUAAUGUGUUUUCGUCUUACAAAGCUACGAGGCAUUUUACCGAUGGCUUUGCACUUUGGAUCACCACGAACAAGCCGGAACGUGGUGGACCUAUUCUAGGUCAUCCCAUGUCCUUUGUUGGUAUCGGUAUCCUUUUCGACGAUUUUGACAACGACAGAAAGGGUGAUAACCCCAAAAUUCUUCUGUUGCACAAUCGCAACGAAAAUGAAAGGGAUCGGCUGUAUUCACCAGAACAAGACUUCCACGGCGAGUACAAGGGUUUCUGUAACUUCGACUACACUAAGCUAUCCGGGUCAGGUUUUGCUACCGCGCGGAUACGCUACAACAAAGGUGAUUUGCAGGUGUUUCUCUCGGGUAAUGACGAGAAAGACGAACAGUUGUGUUUCAAUUUACAGAACAUCAAACUGAGCACCCCCGAAAAUCCUUAUUAUAUUGGUCUGACCGCACAGGCAGGAUCUAUACCCUGCAAUCAUGAUAUCGUAUUUUUACAUCUCUCGUCUCUUGAAGGCGCCCAUUACGAUUCCGAUAUUUAUAAACCCUUGAAUGAAGCGGAAGAAUUAUUGCUAGAUCAAAAUUCCUACGUGUCCCAAAGGAAUACACGAAGGGAGCCAUCGCCACUACCUCAAAAGCAGCAGCCUAGCCAGACGGAUACUCAUGAUAAUUCUGACAACUCAGAUAACGAGCGUUUGAAAGAACUUGAGCGUGAGUUGGAAGAGCUCCGCCGUGUUCAUAGAGGACUGUAA